AUGGAGGGUACGGGCAAGAACGUGGGCAAGGAGCGAGAGGACAAGCUCGCUGACACAAUGAGAGGCUUGCCCGAUGUUGUUGCGGAGGAUGUGGAGAUCGGAAAAAGAAGUCGCUCUGGAGAUUCGCUCGGUGGUGCCGUAGCUGUGGCAAACUUGUUUAGAAAUUUCCCUCGACCAUGUGUUUCUCCGAGCAACGAUAGCGACCAAAAUUCUAGGCUGUCCCCAGCGUGUCUUCGCCUAAUGAACAAGACAAUGAUGCCGUAUAAUCUGGUCGAGGGGAGUGCAGGAUCGCAAUUGUAUCCGUUGCGAUACCGUAAAGACCCGUAUUUACCAGCGAUAAACAUCCGCAAUCUUGAGAUCGAGGUAUCAAAAGGUUCCGCGCCAGGAGAAACCCGCCGGGCAAGGAGUGAUGCCCCAGAGGCGGAUUGCUGCAGCGUUGGUCAUGAAGAGGCGGAAAGGUUUGACGUGUUCGGCAACGGCCGAACAAAGCUCUUGCAGGGAGGCCAAAUCAAGGCCAUACAGGCAGCUUUGGACGGGCACCUCUUCAGACACAGCCGUUGGAGUGGCCCGGGCGAUACGUCCGUUACUAGGAUUGUGAUGCACGCCAUCGAGAGAGCAUGCAAACUGCCCGGGGCCCGGCAAGGUAGUGUUCAGUGUCCCAUCUCUUUCUUGCCCCCAUACACCAAAGAUCAAACGGGUGAGGGGAUGCUCUGCGGUAGGGAGGUCAGCAGCUGGGCUGAGUGA